CAAAUCUAGAAUCAAUUUUCAGUUCGUCUUGUUGGRAACCGGUCAAAGGCAACUAACAGGAUGAGGGCUGUACUGAUUCUUUGCGUCAUUAUUGGUGCUGCUGUGGCAUGUCCAUUAAAAAAAAAGAGUUGUGCUCACAGUUUGCCUAAAUUUUGCCCCCCAAAAUGGAAUAUUAAAAAAUUUGAUUCGCAAUACGCAACAAUAGCAUUCCAAGGAAAAUGGUAUCUACAACUUGCAACACCAACAUACAUGGAAGGACAAAACCCAUUAAAAACCGGGCUCUUCUGUAACAGUUUUCCUUGUACCGACAAUCAAUUGGAAUUCAAGGAUACAACACCAUGUGACGAUAAAGAUUACAACAUUGAAUUCGAAAUGACUGAUAUAUCAUACAAUCUCUAUACCCAGACUACAGAAAUCCAAAAAGCAUUAUUGAGUCCAGCAUACGGAAAUUCCAGUCCAUAUGCAAUCUUUAACGUCGGUAGUCAAAAAUAUUAUACAAAACCAAUUAUCGAAAAAAAUCCAUUUAAUGACAAUGAAUUAAUCAGGCAUAAGAUCGGCCAGGGUAUCUGUGAGAGAGAAUACACAAUCGCUGUAAUCGGGGCUGAUGACKGUUGGAAAGAGUAUAUGGUGUUAGCUGUUAUCAACCAGUAUGACAACUUCUUUGGYGGUAAUAAUUUUAAUAAACGUAAUUCAACUACUUCAAAAUGAAAUACAAUUAUAAAAAUAAAUUUCAGGAAGUCCUUAUAUCCUUUGGGUAGUAACGAGRGAUGYUAAMCCUGAUUGGAGUAYUUAUGAUAAAGCAUACAAAGACAUUGAGAAAAGUGGUCUUAGCUGUAACUUUUUGGUAAGUGUUGAUCAUUCGAUAGAAUCAACACCAAUUCCUUCACUGACAGUACCUUCAAAAACACCAACUUCACCUGAUGCUGUCAAUGGCGUAAUUGAAAAAUCCAUCUCUUCGAAAACAGAAACAAAAUCAGUUGUUAGCGACACCGGUCGUUCUUCAACAAUCACUUCAACAA